AUGUACAGUCUUGAAGUGAAGCACAUCUGUUGUAGUCACUCCUCCUCCGUCAGCGGGAGUCGGACGCUGCUCCACCCUCUCCAGCGCCUUCAUCUCACCGUCCGUUCACUGUCCCGCGAGUGGAGAGGAUUUCAGCACUGGGACAGAUCCUCCACCGUCUCCGGCAUCAUGGCGACAGAGUUCCACAACCUUCAGGAGCUGCGUCACACUGCGUCUCUGGCCACCAAGGUCUUCAUUCAGAGAGAUUACAGCGAUGGCACCAUCUGCAAAUUCCAGACCAAGUUCCCCACGGAGCUGGACAGCAGGAUCGAGAGGAGCCUGUUUGAAGAAACGGUGAAGACGCUCAACUGCUAUUACGCCGAGGCAGAAAAGAUCAGCGGUCAGUCCUAUCUGGAAAGCUGCCUGGCUUGUGCUACGGCCUACUUCAUCUUCCUGUGCAUGGAGACACGCUAUGAAAAGAUCCUGAAAAAGAUCAGCAUGUACAUCCAGGAGCAGAACGAGAAGAUCUUUGCACCAAGAGGUUUGCUCUUAACAGACCCCAUUGAGAGAGGCAUGAGGGUGAUUGAAAUCUCCAUCUUUGAGGACAGUAGCUCCAGCAGCUCAAGCUCCAGUGGCAGUUCUCCGUCCAGCAGCACAGCUCAAUGACUGGAGGAACAGCACCAGGGGUACGGGUACAGAGCGGCAGGUACGCUCGCCAAAAUCCGCAUGUUGAAACAUGAGAGCACCAGAUUUUAAAGAAUGAGAGAGAGGGAGUAUAUGUACUGCUCACUCGCUCACUUCUUCCAAACAACUAGUGCAAAGCCAGGAGCUUUAACUCACAAACACACCUCCUCCCCUUCCAAACCUUUUUUAAUUGAGCCUCUGCAUUUCCAUAAGUAAAAAAUACACCAGACGCCCUGCGUGUUUCCAAUACUGAAGAGGGCGAGCAGACAGUUACAAAUGAAGGAGUGCAGGUUUCUUACUGUCUUUGCUCUGGAAAAUCCAAACUAAGAUAGUUCUGAAACAUAUUCGCUGGUAUCUAGCUAGUAAUCGUGCUUAUAAUAAGAUGGUUUACCUACUUUUCGUAUUCUAAACAAUAACUUCAACUGGUAUGACAAGCUUGUAGCUUGUUUGUUGCUGGUCUUAAUCCCAAAGUAUAAUUACUUAAAUUUGAAAGCAUGUGAAACAUAAAAAUUCUUCCUGUUCCAAUGUUUGUGCU